AUGACAAUGGCAGCGUCAUCGCGGGCGAUCCGGCCUCUAUCGAACAAGUUGUACUGCAAUUACUUGGUCUUUGGGUCUGUUCAAUCUUGUACACUGUCCGGCCGCCCGUUCUCGACCACCCCUCGCAUCCUCGAUGAGCAAGAAACAGUGCAAAAGGUUCGAAGACGUCGAACGGACCGAAUUCCCUAUUACGAGCUCGAUCCGAAUAAAGUUCGAAUACGUAGACACGAGCAAGCUUUACUGCGAACUGGGAGAGUGCCCAUUGGAUCUCGUCGACGUCGCGCAGCGCUUUCAUUGCUACCGGUCCAAAUACCCUUUGAACAACUUCCGUAUCAGUGCUUUCAGGAAGCCCGCAAAGUUCUAGCAGAAGACAGAGAAGAAAAGUUGAAGAAAAUCGCUACGCAAAGAGCCAGGCUUGCACAUUUGGAAGCCCAGGACGCGAACGCCUUGGGUGGAGACAAUCGCAAGACGGUCAAAGUUCUUAGCAUGCGCAAGGAGCUUGAGAAUCUCAAGAUUCACGCAGAUUACAAUGAUCCCUUAGUAAAGAAGAGGUUUGAAGAUGGAGAUGGCGAUAUGAAUAAGCCUAUCUACAGGUUUCUUGCUGACAGGGAAUGGAGGAAGUAUCGUUAUCUCGUAACAGAGCAGCGUAUCAAGCAGUUCAACAUCGUGCCAGAUAUUCUACCAAAGCUGGAGCCAACAGCAGAAGUCAAACUCAUGUACGGUCGCAAAACAUACCAAACUGGCUCCAUCAUCGACUCAUCGAUCACCGAGAAACUCCCGAAGCUGGAGGUGCAAGUGUUUGACAAAGGUGAACGUCUCAUCACUGUUGUUUGCCUUGAUGCAGACGUACCCGAUCUAGAGAAGGACUCGUUCGACUACAGGUGUCACUACAUCGCCUCGAACAUUUCUAUCUCACCUACCAAAAGAUCCCUUCCGCUAGCUAUGCUCAAGGAUGAGCACACGAUCCUCCCAUGGCUGGUCCCUCACGCCCAGAAAGGCACUCCUUAUCAUCGGAUGCCCAUAUUUGUCCUAGAGCAGGACCCUGAGAAUCCACUGGUCCCGGAGCAGGUGAAGGCGUGGUCGAAAUUGAAAAGGGAUGGCUUCAAAUUGCGAGCAUUUAUUGACAAGUACAAUCUGCGACCAAUCGGCUUCAACAUGUUCCGAACCGUAUGGGACGAAAACAUGAAGGCAGUAAUGCAGAAGGCAGGCAUCCCUGGUUGGGAUGUUGAAUUGAAGAGGAAAAAACCAUUGUCUCUGCCGUACAAAAAGAAGGACUCGGAGCGAUACAGAUAA